CAUCGCUUCUGCUGUUCCCCAGCUUUGCUUGCUCCUUCCUACCAGUGUCUCUGCAAUUAUGAUGUGGCCGGGGCUGAAAAUCUGGCAUCACUCUCUGGUCAUGAAGCCCAGAAAUAGUUUUGUCUGCUGCAUCUGUCACCCAGCGCUGGCUGAGAUGGAUUGCAGUAGCUUUGGACCAGUGCUUGGGGUUUUUUUAAACACUUACCCUCUAAAAGGAAUUGAAUCUUUCUAGAGCAAAGAGGCCCUGGACAGGGAGUGGUUUUUUUGCGGGGAAGGCAGAUGGGAUUCGUCACAUAAAAACCAUCCUCACGCUGGCGGUGGAAUUUACUGAAGCAGCUGGUUUAAUCCAAAAAUGAGCAUGAGCGGAUGGGAGUUGUUUAGGAUGAUGUAAACAAGUUGGAAGUUGGGGGACGGGGACGACAUGUGCCCUGUCUCUGCCCUCCUUCGCCAUCUGGCAGGACACACACAGAAGCACAAAGGCUGAAGGGGUUUCCAUUGCCCCGCUGUCCUGGCUGGCGCUGGAGGGAGUAGAGAAAGGGGACAAGAGACUCUCAGCCCAUCACCACCCUGAGGACACCCUGGGCAGGACAAUCCAAGGAUGCCAACCUGCCUUCACCCACCACCCCGGCAAUGGCACAGCUCAGCGUGGGCUGAAAAGUCUUGAGCCGGUCGGUAACGGAGCCGGGAGAGCUGGAAUUGGUGGGCUUCCAGGUGUUUGCACCCACUGCCUCUCCCUUGGACCAAGCGAGCCAAUGCCAGCCGGCUCCAAGACGGGCCCGCCGCUGGCCAAGGCCAAGCCCAUCAGCGCCUCUGUGAUAACAUAUUUAAGAAGAAGAAAAACACUUGGAGAGAGAGCUUUUGCAGCCGGAGAGAGGAGUGAGAAGAUGUAAGAAACUCUGCAGACACCAAGGUCAGUGCAGAUGGAGGGGCAGGAGGGGCUCCAGGCGCCGGAGCAGAGAUCCCCCUGCAGCCCGUGGUGAAGGCCAUGGUGAAGCAGGCUGUCCCCCUGCAGCCCAUGGAGGACGGAUGAGGGGGUGUAGAGAUUCCACCUGCAGCCCGUGGAGGACCCCACGCCGGAGCAGGUGGAGGCACCUGAAGGAGGCUGCGGCCCGUGGGAAGCCCACGCUGGAGCAAGUUCCAGGCCGGACCGGUGGACCCGUGGAGAGAGGAGCCCACGCCAGGGCAGGUUUGCUGGCAGGACUUGUGACCCCGUGGGGGACCCCACACUGGAGCAGUUUGCUCCUGAAGGUCUGCACCCCGUGAGAGGGACUCCAUGCUGGAGCAGGGGAACGAUGAGAGGAGUCCUCCCCCUGAGGAUGAAGAAGCGGCAGAAACACCAUGAGAUGAACUGACUGUAACCCCCACUCCCCGUCCCCCUGUGCCGCUGAGGGGGGGAAGGUUGAAGCCGGGAGUGAAGUUGAGCCCGGGAAGAUGGGAGGGUGACCGCAGGAGCAUCCUGGUAAAGCCCCGGGGAUGGAGAAGGACCUGGCUGAUUUGUGGUUUUGACCCUCCUCGCUUCGUUGCUGGUGGAGCUGAGGGACGUGCUCGUCCCCGAGGGUUCCUCUGUCCCCACCGCGGCACCAGGCAUGGCAGAAGCUGUUCCUGAUGCAGGCGAAGAUGUGACUGCUGUAAUGAUGUCAUCGCAGCAGAGAACAGAGGAAGGGACGAGUUUUAGCCUCAAGUGCAUUAAGGAUAAAAAGGUCCCCAUCGCAGUCACCGUGGUCAUAGCAGCGUUGCUCCUCACCAUCAUCGCACUGGCAGCUAAGAAAUGCCCGUCCUGUCCGUCCUGCCCCUCUCCCGUCCUUAGCUGCCUGGGAGAAGAGAUCGGGUAUGGGGACAAGUGUUUUUACUUCGUGGAGGCCGAAGCAGACUGGAACAGGAGUCAGAUCUUUUGCCUUUCUCUCGGAGCCCAUUUGGCCACCAUCGACUCCAGGGGGGACCUGGUAAAUGAGAAAUCCCUGAGGAACUGGAUUUCCUCUUGCGCUAUGCGGCUAACAGGGACUUCUGGUUUGGUCUGCAAAGGGAAAACACUGGACCUUGGAAAUGGUUCAAUGGGUCUCUCCUCAACAACCUGUUUGAAGUCCGGGGCAACGGACAAUGUGCCUAUGUCAACGUGGAAGGGAUCAGCAGCGACUGGUGCUCCCAGAUGAAAUACUCUGUCUGCAGCCACCUGCAAAAGCACCCCAGCAGGAUUCUGAAGGAUUCUGAAUUCCUUCUGAAUUUCACCUCAGAUUCCCCCUCUUGGUAGAGGAGAUCAAACACAAGCUGCUGUUAACCCCACACAAGACAAUAGUGAGUCUCCCAAGAGGAUAUAUAUGAUUCUCCCAAUGGUAUAGAUUUAUUUCAGCUUACAAAAGUAGAAACUCGUCAUGACGCUGACACAGAGCUGUGACCAAAGGAUCCUUCCUUUAAUCCGACCACUAGUGCCUUUCCAGCUUUUGCACUUGCACAGAGACUUGGGAAUGUUUAAGACUCUUGGAAAACUCCCUGCUUGGGCAGCAGCUGCCGCACUGCGAAGCUCAGUCCUGCUGAUUUUGGUGCCUUUGUUGUUUUUUGUGGAUUUGGAAGAGCUGGAGGGGAGGGCAGAAAUACAAAGAGCAGAAGCAAAGCAGAGUUACUUCGGUGUGUCCCCUGGCCAGCGCUUGGGAGAAACCCAGCCUCGGCAAGGAGCCACCGAACCGCUGCUCUGGGAUGUGUUUUGGCAUCCCGGUGAAUUGUCUGGCGUCGAGUCUGUCCCGUUAUUCCUCGUGUCGUUUCCUCCGGUUUAAAUCUCGGUGGCUUCUUUCUGGCAAAUCCAAUGUAAUGGGGUGCCACAGCUGUGGGCAAGCAGCUGACCGUUCCGAAUCGCAGCACAAGCAUCCCUCCCCAUGGGACCCUGCACCAGAGACCUAGAGAACACCGCGAUGGCAAUCAGCGUGGCGUCAUGCGUGUUUCCAGCAACAAUAUUUAUCUCAUUAGGGUGUUUUUUCCCCCCAAAACCUUGAACCGUGAGCUGUUGUCAGCUCGGCUGCGAGCACGGGAAUGUACCACCCAUCUGCCUCUUGUUUUUCCAGCCUGUGCUCCCCAAACACUUGUUUCUCCUUCCCAGCCCCCCCUGUGUGUAACUACUUGGUCUAAUAAAUAUUAGCUCUAUUAAAAA